CUCCCAUCCACACAAGUUUGAAUGGGCUGGUCUGUCUAAAAAAGCCCAAGAGCUUCUUACUAUUGGGCCUACUUUACUAGUGGCGGGACCCAAUUACAAAAUUUUCAAAUAAAUAAAAUACUCCACACGCAAUCUCCGCCUUCCCGUUGAAUUUAUCCCGGUGCCGGAGAAAUGGAAAACGGCGCUCAGCAAACACCGGCCACCACUACGCCACCAUCACCUCCGAUGCCAAAAGUCGGCGUAGCGGUGUUUCUUUUAAAAGGAAGUAAAGUUCUGUUGGGGAAACGCCUCUCCGCCGUCGGCCAUAGCACCUUUGCACUUCCCGGCGGCCACCUGGAGUUCGAGCAUGUUGGAAUUCCAAUGCGACCUCACUCCUCUAAACCAGCUCAUUCAGCAACUGAUCAACACCCAUCACCUGCUGUUAUACACCCAACCCCCGAGCAUGUUGGAAUUCCAAUGCGACCUCACUCCUCCAGACCAGAUCAUUCAGCAACUGAUCCACACCCAUAACAUGUUGUUAUACACCCACCCCCUGCAACCCCAACGGCAUGCAGUGGAAUGGAUCGACAAGAAUUAGAAAAUUGUAUACGUCGUCAAGUAAACAGGGAUCUCUGCAAGAAUUAUAAGAUAUGUUAAAAUGAUCAAUAAAUUAUGUAGUAUUAUUAUUACCAAUGCUUUAGAUAAUUAAUUAAAUAAAUAAAUAGAUGGUUUAUAAACUUUAGAACUCCACUUUGUACUAGAUGGGUACAUUUUAUUUCAUUAAAUUAUCUCCCAAAAGAGGAUACCA